AUUACGAGAACGGGAAUAUGUUAGAGCAUAUUCGAUCGUGUAUACACGCGUGUGUACUGAACAAAUCGGAGUAUCUAUAAUUCACCAACGCUUAAAAAAACGAAUAAACGUACAGAUAAUUUGAAACAGGAUAAAAUUAGAGAAAAUUAUUUGUGUGGCUGUUAUAACGAACGAAGCGUACGCGAUUUUGCAAGUCGGCAAUAAUUGGUUAUUUAAUUAACAAAUUAAUUAGUCGUGAGGAGGUAGAGAGAUAUAAAUGGUAUCUGUCGCGUGGAGCAGAAGGCUGAGCUGCUUGAGCGCGCACCGAGUCAAUAUUUGACCCGCGAGAUUCACGAUCGUUGUCGAACGUAGGCUGUGUGAUGACGAGAGAAUAUUUAUGAAAAUGUGCGGCUUAUUUGAACAAGAACACACACGUGCGCGCGUAAAUUCUUGCGUAUACAACAUAUGUUAUUGCACGAAGCGCAAGAAGCCCAGCAAAAGUAGUCACUUUGAAUUUUCCGACGCCGAUGGACGUGAUUCUGCAUAAAGUUUAAGGAAAGCAGUGAUGCUAAUUAACCUUAAUUAACACCUCUGCAUCUAGCUCCAGCUAGAUAGAGAAUGAAGAAUUUUAUUACUCGAUCGGAGCUCAUCAAGCAGUCAACCUUUCAGUCUGUUAUCUGCGAUUCUUGCAGGUGCGCAUACGUAUUCGAAUUGUCAUAAACUCAUGUCGCAUGUCAUACACGAAGCUGUAAUUAUUAAAAUAUGAAUAAAGAAAGAAUUUUUUUCCAUGGAGAGAGAGAAUAAGAUAGAUGUUGCCAUAUUAUAUCUUUUGCUGAUGAACAUUUUUUAACGACAAACAAGUGGAUACGUAUAAAGAGUUCUUUUCUAAUUGAUAAUUUGGAUAGUUCGGAGGAGGCAUUAUAUAAGAAACAAUUAUGAAUUCAAAGCAAGCAGAAAUAUGGCUGGCGGUGUUGUAUACCGGAUCCAUGAUAUUCUCCGUCACGUCUGUUGUAUCCCUGGUGACGACAUGGCAGAAUUGGGUAGUGACAUUAGACGGUUGCAUCGAUGUUGAUUGCGGCUGUAUAUUAUACGGUAUCAAUACAUUUCGCACAUUUCUCGGCGGCGACGAGAAACUAUGCCACUUCGCCGCGUACGCUCUCACACCCAUCACAGUAAUCAGUUUGUGUCUUGGGGCCUAUCAUGGAUACAGAUGUUGCAUACAUAAAAAUUUAGAUGAUCCUAAGCAAAUUAAUCGCGGACAAGUGUACAAUGACAACAGAAGAAAUCUUAAUGGCUAUGUUGUGGUCCAUGUAAAGAAGAGAGUUGCUUUUAAGCGGUGGAUGCCUAUCGGUUUCCUUGCAGCGCUUGUUUGCUGCCUGUCUCUCGCCCAUGCGGUCGUGAUAACCGACGGCUACUAUAAAACUUGCGAACAAUAUAGACGAAAUCUCAUUCAACUCUUGGGUUCGAGAGGCCGCGAAAUUUUAGCGAUUCAUAAUAGGUUGUCGUGCGGCGCGAUUUUCGAUUUCAUGGAUUAUGUUCAGCCAGAUAAGAAUCACUGGAGUCGCACCGAGAUGAACACCGGGAUCGCGCUUCAACUCGCAAUAUAUACGAGCUGGUUAAAUUUCGUCGCUUGGAUACUCGCGUGCUCUAUAAACUUCAUCAUGGCGAGGAAAAAGCAGCGCAAUUUAGGAGAAAAAUUUUGUUGCUGUUGAAUGACAUCCUUUAUAAAAUUAAUUAGUGGCAAACUCUUGACAGUAUUUUGGUAAAAUAUAAUAAAUAAGGAUAUUCUCUGAAAAAAUAUAACAGGACGCAGGCGUAUAUGAUUGAUACUCAUGUUAAUAGUAUACAUUUUAUUUAUGUAUUUUAUACAGAGAUAUAGUGUUUUCAAUAACUAUUUUCUUCGUAUCUGUGCCUAAUAUAAAAAAAUUAAAGAUUCAUCUGCUCUGCCGUGGAAAAUAAUCGCGUCCCUCUUUCAUAUUUUAUAUAAUCCCUUUCAUAUUUUAUAUAAUCCCCUAUUCUCUUUAUACAUUUUUACACGACUUUCAUUACUAUAUUACACAUACACAUGUGCGCACACAUUGGAACCAUAUUUUUGAUCAUCCCAAGAAGUUUAAAAAUCCACACUGUUAAACUUAGUAUAAACGAGAGCGCGUUAUUUCUUUCAUAUUAUUACCUUGCUGAAACACGAUAAUUAUAUUAUUCAUGAUAAAUGGUAAAGAAAAAUACUAUAACCUGUUAGUGCAGGCAGUGACACAAUUUUUAAAUAUAACUAAUAAAAUAUAUCCGUAAAACUUUCCGACACACAUAUUUAAGACAUUGAUUUUUUUCCUGCGGGACGUAUACAUGAAAAAGAAUACGAAGAAGAAAGAACCUAUAAACCAUACAAUAAAUAAAACAAUAUGUGAAAAUUUAAAGAAGGAAUGUAUUGUAUCUAUAUACUAUAUAUGUAGAAUUGUAAGAAUUUAUACAAUCGAAUUAUAUUCUUCUUAGGGUGUUAAAUUAAAAAUGCUCAGUAUUUCCUAGCACCUCCAGUUCGUUCUAUUUUAUACAUGGUGCACAGAAUGAUGAAGUAUAUUAUUUUAAGGCUUGGAAUAACAACGGUUCUUCCGUAUGUUCAAUAAAUACUUUGAAAUUAUUACUUUUCGUCGAAUUUUCAUCAUGUCGCUGAAAUUCAAUGUUUAAUUUUCUAUGUUUGCAUAAAUAACUCUUACUUUUGCAAUGACGACAUUAAAAGUAGCUUUUAACUUCCCCUGUAAAUAUACAUACAUCUCACCGUUAUGUAUAGGAACUAAACAGAAAACAAUUUCUUAGAUACAUUAUCCCUUACAUAUACAAAUACAAUUGACUCUUUAUCUUAUAAUACUAUCAGCUUUUAUUCUACAUAACAGCAGAGACUUGCAAGCUUGAACGCUACUCGAUAAAGGAAGGCACCUAAAUCAUACAAGCUAUAAUAUCUACAAAUUAUAUUACAUUUUGUUAUAUACAUAUAUAUGAGGCGGGGCAUUUUAAUCGUCACAAGCGGAUAUCUUGGGAACUAAGAAAGAUAAAAGAGUUGUAUGUAAAAGUUAUAGAUUUUCUUGAAAGGAAGAAGAUGAAAAUAACGGAUUUGAAGAGCCAUACUAAGGUCAAGAGUAACAUAAAUCUUUGAAUGGAAACUUCUAUUUUUUGUUAUAUUUUUGUCAAAACGAUUUCAAAACACUGGUUAUAAUACGUUUUAAGUUGAAAACUAGGGUGCGAUCCAUUUCAGGCUGCAAAUGCUUUGAAAUAUUCUCUGAUUGGCCAAUUCAAACAAUUCUUUCUUCCUGAUCAGUCAACGAAGCAUUUACAGCGUUAAAUAGUUCGCACUUUUAAAAAUAAGGAUUUCCAUUUAAAUAAAAAAUUCAUAUCUACUUUGACUAAUUCUUAUAACGUCUCCUAUACAAAGUUCGUUUUUCACCUUCUUUCCUCUAAGAAAACAUGUAUUUUACGAAACUUUUAUAUAAAUUUUUUUUUACCUCUCUUAAUAUUAAUUCUCUCCGCUUGGGAUAAAAUGUCCCACUCACACUGCACACACACAUAUAUAUAUACAUAUAUACAUAUAUACGUGCGAGCCUGCGCG